CUCUCUCUCUCUCUCUCGCUUUCACAAACGAAAUCACAGAGGAAAAGCUCGAGAUCAUUAUAAAAAUCGGGGAUUAGGGCUUUUGUUUGAGAGAAAAAGAUGAAUUUCAGAAGCUUUGAGGAGUUCUGGCCCUUCUACGUGAUGCAACACUCGAAUCCAUCAACGAGGCGAUGGCACUUCAUAGGUAUAAUCGCGAGCAUCGUGGCUUUGAUGUGUUCGGUUUUGAUCAGCUGGUGGUUCGUUGCUCUGGUGCCUCUCUUUGGUUACGGGUUCGCGUGGUUCAGCCACUUCUUCGUGGAAGGGAAUGUUCCGGCGAGCUUCGGGCAUCCGGUUUGGUCGUUUCUCUGCGAUCUCAAGAUGUUUAGUCUGAUGCUCACAGGAAGUAUGGAGAGAGAGAUGAAGAGGCUUGGUAAGAGGCCAUUGUUGCAGCUCUCUUGAAGAUAGAAGAUUUGUUGUGUGUGUCAGUGUAAAUUGUUCUUCAUUCUUCCCAUUGCGUUCUGCGUUUGGAUAUAGAUAUACUCACUUGAUUACUUUUAAUGGAAUCCUUGUUUGCGAGUACAAA